AUGUCUCCCCAGCUAUCUCCAUCUACGGUAGACACAGGCUUUAUACUCUCGCCAGCUGCACUGGACAACCCAGCAACCUCCGAUCCAGUAUUUCGACGUAUUUUGGAAUGGCAUCUUCCGCGGGAUACGCUUUCGAAAAUUGUUCCCGACUUGACCAAAUUCGGAUCAGAUGCAAUCUCCCAGGAAAUCAAUUCUCAUAUAGGAGAUGCUGAAAUGCAGCAGCCACACAUCAAAACUCGUAAUGUGUGGGGGGCGCGAUAUGAUGCGGACCGCUUGGUGACGAGCACUGGCUGGAAGGAGCUAGGGAAAUGGGGUAUCAAGCAAGGUGUUGUGGGUCUGGGAUAUGAAGAAGAAUUCGGAUCGCAUCGUCGAAUUGUUCAGCACGCCUUCAACUACAUCUUCUCUGCAUCUUCUGCUGCAUAUUCAUGCCCUGUGUCCAUGACAUCUGGUGCAGCCCGAUUAGUCCGAAGUCAGCUAGCUAGUGUACCCGCAGAUCAUCCAUUUCACGAGCUCUAUGCCCGUCUCGUCGCUCGCGAAGAUAAUUGGAUUUCAGCCCAAUGGAUGACCGAGCGACCAGGCGGAAGCGAUGUACGCAACAGCGAAACAGUCGCAGUGUAUUCACCCCUCACAACCAAGAAUGGUCGAUUUGGCAAUAUUGAAGAGGGUGAUUAUCUGCUCUCCGGGUUCAAAUUCUUUUGCAGUGCCACCGAUUGCGAUGUCGUUUUGCUACUGGCCAAAACAGAGUCGGGGGACCUGUCACUGUUCGUCGCUCCAACCAUGAAGACGAUGAUUAAUGGCUAUGGAACGACAAGACCAGUUUCCAAUGGAAUCCGUAUCCAUCGACUGAAGAAGAAGAUGGGGACGCACGAGCUCCCCACUGCCGAGGUUGAACUUCAAGAUGUGCGCGCGCACCUGAUAGGCCCAAAAGACCGUGGCAUCGCAACGGUAGCUCUCCUGCUAAACGUCACGCGAACACACAAUUUCGUCACUGCGCUAUCCUGCCUGCGACGUGCACUGGAUAUUGCGAAAUCCUUUGCCCGGGCUCGAACAACGAUCGAUCAGCCGUUGUGGACAUUCCCAAUGCAUUUGAGUGUUUUGGCCCAGUUGGAAGUUAAGCACCGUGGAUGGAUGCAGCUUGCUUUCUUCACUUCAUCCCUUCUUAGCUAUGUGGAUAAUGGUUUUCCUACAGAUUUACCGGGAAUAUUCUUGUUUCUGAAAGAAUCCCCGGAAGCAGCAACUGUGGUACUGCGAGCUUUCACAUCGACUGCGAAGGCCGUUAUCUGCAAGUCUGCUACCUUGGCCUUUCAAGAAUGCCAGGAGGCGAUGGGAGGGGUGGGUUAUAUUGAUGAGCCCGACGAGCCCGAAUUCAACGUUAGUAGACUCUGGCGUGACACCGCGAGCAAUAGUGUCUGGGAAGGGACCACAAACGUACUGGCCAGUGAGGCUGUGCGACACCUGACUAAGGGCCAUAACCUGAAGCUGUGCGACUCCUGGAUUGUGAGUUCUAUUGACCAAAUUUCCGACAAUACAUUCCACACAGCCUUAUCGAACGUUUGGAAUCAGCUUAAGGCAAAACUGGCCGCCGGUCAAAGUGAGGCUGGACUACCUGCGGCUCUCGGUGUCGGUCGCCAAAUCAUCUUUACACUUGCAUGGCUGGUUUGUGGCAUCUUGCUCGUAUUAGAUGCUCUGCGGGACGAUGAUGUAGUUGCUCAUGAAGUCGCUCGGAGAUGGGUGAUCGAAGGACAGGGUGUGCCUGGAGAAUUCGCUUUUCCAAGUCUCAUCUAUCAACGAUUAACCUUGGGAUUGGAUAGCAGGCUUACUGAGAAGGAGCAUACGGAGUGGGAUUGCCGUAUAGUUUGGGGUGUUGAGCUUCCGGCCACUGCUUCUGUGGGGUAUCGAGUGUCCAAAAUCUGA